GCAGCGCUGUGCCGUUUCAGUGCGAGGCCUUAGCUCGCGUUCGGCCGGCGCGCGUGUACUUCCCUCGACUCCGACGACUUACAAAGUUACGUUCACGGCACUCCGACGACUUACGAAGAAGUCACUGCUACGGUUCCGAAGACGACGACGACGACGACUUUGACGGCGGUGGUGGCGACUUUGGAGUCAUAAUAAUCGUCGCAUUAUUUUUUUAUUUCACCUCCCCCGUCGUCAUCGGGGACACUGCUGUUAUAAUAUUUCAGUGGCCGCUGCACAAAAGUGCAGAUAAUUCGCAGCUAUAAAAAGCCACCAAAUUAAAUAAUAUUCAUGUUCACUGAACUAUAAUGUCCAUAUUACCACCCUCGCGUGGAAAAAUUUUAUUUGGACUGGGUAUAACCUGCUUACUGGUACAGUUUUUAUAUGUCAGCUAUUACAACGAAACACGUCGUCUUGACAAUUUUAUUGCAACGACAACACAAGAAUACUUUCCGUCGACCAACCCUGUGCCAAUAACUCGCCUCAAUCUUUCCGGUAUUCAGACUAUGUUUUAUAAUAAUGUUCAAACUGAAGAGACAAAAGAUAAAAAUCUUCUCACGCCGUGUCCACAAACUCCACUUGCUUUAAAUGGAACAGUGCGUUUACUUGUACCUUCUCAGGAAACAUUGGAAGAAGUCGCGCAAGAGUUAUCCUGGCUUAGAUUUUUCGAAGACGGACGCCAAAUGCCUUUAGAUUGUCAAGCGAAAUAUACGAUUGCAAUUAUAGUGCCUUAUAGAAAUCGACUAGCCAACCUUUGUUCAUUCCUUUUAAAUAUGCAUCCAUUUUUAACAAAACAACAGUUGGAUUACACUAUAUUCAUCGUAGAACAAUUCGACGAUGGACUAUUUAACCGGGCGAUGUUAAUGAACGUUGGGUUUACCGAAGCGUUGAAGUUACAUGAUUUUGACUGUUUCUUUUUCCAUGACGUAGACCUUAUACCGGAGAAUGACAGAAAUAUAUAUAGUUGUCCCGAUCAACCAAGACAUAUGUCAGUAGCUAUUGACAAGUUCAAUUACAGGCUGCCAUACGAGGACUUAUUCGGCGGAGUGAUUGGCAUGAGCCGAAAACAUUUCCAGCUUGUCAACGGUUUCAGUAAUAUGUUUUGGGGAUGGGGCGGCGAAGAUGAUGACAUGGCGUCUCGGGUCAAGGCACACGACCUAAACAUCACCAGGUACCAUCCAGACGUGGCACGUUAUCACAUGUUAACACAUGCCCCACAAAAGGCUAACCCAAAAAGGUACGAAAAAUUGUUCAGUGGCCGGAAGCGAUUCAAAACGGACGGACUUAACAAUCUCGAGUACCGGGUAAAAGCGUUGAAACAAUUGCCGCUGUUCACAUAUUUGCUGGUCGAUUUGACCAGUAGGCGCAGUUGAUGGACGAUGAUGAUGUGGCACUGGCCGUUUGGCCAGCAAGCCACUUAAAAAAGCCAUAAAUGGUCUCUCUCUCUCUCUCUCUCACACACUUUAUUUUUCUCUCUUUUUUCUCUCGUUUUCUCUUUCUCUUUCUCCCUUUUUUAUCUGAGAGAGUCCCAUGGCAUAUUGUUAUUUUUAUUUUUUAUUUUCAAUCGAUUUACAAUGUAAAAUAAGCAUAGGUACGAACUGUUUAUGUAUUAUGUGAACAUUUUUUUUUUUAUAUAUAAUAUAUUAUAAUAUUAUAUUAAACUAUCAGGGUUAUCGUUCCCUGAUUUGGUGCUAAACUAAAACAUGUAUUGUUAUUUGCAUACGCACUUGAAUUAUAUAAGUAUAAAACGGGGAGUUGUAUACGACCGAAUAGAUAUCGUCGUACUCAAGAGGGAAAAAUCAAAAUCCGAAGUCUUAAUUAUUAUUGUUAUUAUUAAUAGUAUCAUCAUCCCUCGAUUUUCGGAAAAUCGGUGACGAAAUUCAUAAUAAUAUAAAACAACGAAUGUACGUUUUGAAGCAAAAAUAUAAUACCGUUCCACUAAACAAACAUAUUAUAGAACACGGUGAUCGCAACCGAACAGGCGCUUGAAUAAAAUAUAAUGCUCGCAGUAUUACGGUUUCUCUGCAGUGUCUGUACGCGGCGUCUAGCGUUUACUACCGGUCCGGAUAUAGUUGGCGUUCAAACUCUGCAGGUAAACCGACAGACCGUAUCUUUAAACUUUUACGUGGUAUUUCUUAACGAUCUCAUCAUCGUCUAUUUAUUACUUUCGUCAAAAACUGCAAUCAAAUUUUAAAAAUGUAAUAACUUCAUUUUGUGGUUGCCCCGUUGAAAUUUUUAACGAUUAAAAUUACCCAUUAGAUUUAUUAGGAACGACUUGUUAACAUAAUAUUUUCUAGUUUUUCUUACAUACCGGUCACAUUUUCAUUCGUCAACAUCAAACAACAUUUCAUCGUGAUUAUAUUAUUAAUGACAUAUUAUAUACUAUUACAUUAUUUCGUGGUUUAUAUUUACUGGUAUAAAACAUUUUCUAAUACCUAUAGAUAUGGGUAGGAUAUUGUAGCGAUAUUUGUUUUUUCUAAAAGAUUUUCUCUUAUUUCAUAUUCGUAUUGUAGAUAAUAACACACCAACUAAUGAAAUGUUGAAAGUUAUACACCUUGUAUAAUAUAAAACAUACCAUAGAGGUGAGGUUCAUUUUUAUUUCACUAAUCUUACUUUCAUGUAUACACAACAAUACUUUUUACAUAUUUCAUGAUUUUUGGGAUCAACGAAUAGGCAAUAAGUAUUAGGGUAGGCCUAUUUUUGGGUCAAUAUGACUCUGUGAUAUUUAUUAAUUAUAUAUUAUAAUAUUAUACACAUUCUUUAUCUUUUUAUUGAUUCAGAAACCGGGCAAUUUUAUCAUUUAAUGACCCGCCGUAUCUGUUAUUUAAGAUAAACGAGACUUGUAGCUUUAUAAAUUCAUCAAUUUUAAAUGUAACUUAUUAAUAACUAUGAUAAUAUAAAAAUUAUAAAAUAUAUUAUGUACGUAUAUCUGUAUAGUAAUUUAUUAUUGGGUACGCUUACAGUUAGGUGUGUACUGUGUACCUAUCUUUUUUUAUUGAUGUGUUUUUUGAAAUUAUUUUUAUUAGUUUAAAUAAUAUAUUUAUUUAUAUGUGUUAUAUUAUAAAGGACUACUUUUUAAAAAAUCGACAUUUUGUCAUCCUAUAAUAUAUUAAAAUUAUAUAAUACCCAACGAAUUUUGCGUCCAAAACCCUCAUAUUUUGGGGCUAUCAAAUCUUACUAAAUCUAUACAAACUAUUGGUAUAUUUACCUGUGCAUAUUACUAAAAUUCUACAACUAUAAAACAUUAUUAAAUCUACAAUAAUCAAUCAAUUUUAUAAAAUAUAUUGAAUGAAUAAUAAAUAGAAAUUCAAUGAAAUUGUAUUUUAAAAUUUUAAAAUCGAAUUCAGACUAACGAGUACUCUUUUUAUUAUCUAAAAUAAUUUUUAUUACAACAAAAUAUUUUUAAACGUAUUUUUAAACUAUACAAAAGUAUAUUGUAAAAAAAUUUAUAAAUGUGUUGUACUUGUAAACAUCGAAUCAGUACAAUGUAGUGGGGUUAGAAAUGUUAUUAUUUCAUAAAUCAUAUUUAAGAAUAUAAACCUGAUAAUUAGUUGUUAUUGCGUACUUAAAAAUAAUAUAAAUAAAUUAUAAAAUUAAAAUUUUAAUUUGAAUGGAAAAGGUGCUAAUUAAUAAAAAGUAAAACAGAUAAUUUUAAUUUUUGAAUACAUACUAAAAAUAGUAUAUAACUCAAUAUAUUAUCAAAAUAAACCUAUUAACUUAAAUUUUAUUAUUCUAAUAAUAUAUUCAAUAUAAUUUAGUUAUCUUAAUAUUAGGCACGUUAAAAAAAAUACAUUACAUUUAUGAAAAUACGUUUGAAAAUAUUUUUAAAAUAAUUAUUACAGCAAUGUAAAAUUUAAAAUUAUUAACAAAAAUAUAAAUAAAUAAUUAUAAGAAAAAUAAAUUGUCCACAGAAGUUAAUUGUAAUAUAAUAUUUUAUUUGUUAUUAUUUAUUGUUUUACAUUUUACUUAUUGUAUAAUUGUAUUAGUUAUAUUUUACCACAUAGAGUGUACAGACUGACAUCAAUGUGUAUUUUUUUUUCGAUAAUAUUUGUUAAAUGUUCAUUUUUAAUAAUAUUCAUAAAAUAAUUUAGAUACCUAUAUCCUGUCAUGUAUGUUGUUGUACAGUUUAUUUUUUUCGUAGUUUUCGUUGUAGUAAAUGUAUUUAUAUUAUCUUAUUACUCGGCUACUGUUGUACUAUUUGUUAUACUUUAACAUGUUUUUUUUUUUUUUUUUUUUUUAAAGCGAAGUUCAUUACUUAUUUUUUCUUAUUGUUAUAUUAUUGUAUGUAGGUAUAUAUUUUUUUUGUAACUUUUGAAUUCAUUUAGGUCAUAUCACUUCUGUACUAAAACUCUUGAGACUAUUCAAUAAAUUAUUUCAUUUUUAAAUUCCAAUAACUGGCUAACACUAAAAAUAUUAUUUGAUUUAUACCUAUCAACACAUAAUAUUAUAAUAUUACCUUUUAGUAAGUUAUGUUGUUUGUAAGGUCUAUGUUAAAGAUACAUAAUUUUACUCUAUCAUAUCGUCUAUAAUUAAACAUAUGUCAUGUUAAAGCAUUAGUGUUAUAAUACGAUUUUGGUUAUCUUAGGUUAGGUAUAUAUACCAUGUUUCAAGUGUUAUCGUGAGGUCAAUUUAUUUUCGUACGGUAAUAAUGGUCAGAGUUGCAUUGUUACCAAUGAUUACCAAUGAUAUAUUGUUUAAAAUGUAAAUGGUUAGUGGUUUUGUAAUAAGUUAACAACAAAUAAUUAUUAACGAUAGAAUUGAAUGUUAAAAUAGCUUAAGAUUCAAACAUAGUUAUCUAUGUAAGAUAAUAGAUACAAUAUAUAUUAUACACUUAACAUAUGUAAUAAUAAGA